CCCCACUACGCGAACCGAAGAUCGGAUCGAGGUUUCAAAGUCCCUGACGAAGAGCAAGCGAGCGCCAGUAUACUCCUUUCGUUACUGAAGACAGCGAAGAUGAAGACGUUACUCUCGGUCGUUUUCGUGGUGCUGUUGAUCAAGGUAGUGUUCAGUGCAGAUCCUAAUGAGCACAAUAAAGUAGUCUGCUUUUGGAAUAGUACCGCUUAUGAGAGGCAAGGUCCAGCAAAAUUCCAACUUGAGGACGUUAGAUCCGCCUUAUCUCUUUGUACUCACCUUGUCUACGGAUAUGCUCAUAUCAAUUCCGAGUUCGAGAUUGUUCCCGGUUCGCCGAGUUUAGAUACUGGAUCGGGCUAUUCCUAUUACAGACUCGCUACGCAGUUGAAGCGAUCGUUCCCCGAUCUUAAGGUUUAUCUGAGCGUUGGGGGAAAUUCAGAUCCUUACGAUGAAGAACACAAAUACCUCGUGUUGACCGAGACUUCGGAAGGCAGAACAAAGUUUAUCAACUCUGUAAACCGGCUGCUGAACGACUACGACUUCGACGGAAUUGACUUGGCAUGGCAGUUCCCACCGGUCAGACCCAAGAAACAGCGCAGCACUUUAGGGUCCAUCUGGCAUGGUCUCAAGAAAAAACUCGGCUACGGCAAAUACCAGGACGAGAAGGAGCAGGAGCAUCGCGAUGGUUUCACAAUCUUGGUCCGUGAUCUCAAAGCGCAACUCAGACCGAGAUUUAAAGCUUUGACUCUCACGGUGUUGCCUCACGUUAACUCUACCGUUUACUACGACGCCAGAUUAUUGGCGCCCAACAUCGAAGCCGUACAUCUUUUCGCUUUUGAUCAAAAAACACCAGAACGCAGUCCAAAGGAAGCUGACUUUACGGCACCAAUCUAUGCCAGUUACGGCCGUAUAGCGGAAGACAAUAUCGAUGUUGCUGCAAGUUACGGAGACGAGGGAGACAAUAUUGACGCUGCAGCAAGGUACUGGUUGGAGCAUGGGACUCCCGGUAGCAAGAUCGUCGUCGGUAUUCCUACAUACGCUCGCACGUGGAAGUUAACAGAAGACAGCCAGAUUUCCGGCGUGCCGCCCAUCGUGUCCGACGGUCCAGGUGCCCCCGGGCCCAACACCAACGAACCAGGAUUGCUGUCCUAUGCUGAGAUGUGCUCCAAGCUGACCGAGCACGCGGCGGGACGUUUGAGACGAGUCGGCGACCCAUCCAAGAAGUACGGCAGCUACGCUUAUCAGUCUUACAAUGGUGAAAUUGGAACUGAGGGACUCUGGGCGGGCUACGAGGAUCCAGAUACCGCCGGUAACAAGGCUGCAUUCGUGAAGUCCAAGGGUCUCGGCGGUGUGGCGAUCGUGGAUCUGUCCCUGGAUGAUUUCCGGGGUAUUUGCACCGGUGACAAGUAUCCUAUCAUUAGGGGAGCUAAAUAUAAGUUGUAAAGAGCGAAGAUUCGAUCGGAAGUAAUCGGAAUCGAAAUUCGAAUCUAUUUCAAUAUCCGACUGAAGGAAGCUCGGAAAAAAUAUUUCUGAUGCUGCCACGAUUUGCGUACGAUGGUCGUAUUUAUAUGUAUUGUCCGACGAGCUAUCAAGACUUUUAACGAGAGAAUUGUUAACGGGAGAAUUUUAAUGAGGCUCGUGAUGCUGUCACUUCGAAUGUAUUGUACGUGAGGAUAAUAAAAAAAUAUCGCUGCUUUAUUA